AUGGGCACAGCAAACCGCCCCGCCAACCUGAUUGAGUACAUCUGGCCGUGCGGUCACCACGAGAAUGUCGAAGUGCAACAAGCACCGGGUAUAUCCUUUGUGCGCGGGCUGUUCUCCCUUCCCGUCGCCAAGCCGCCAGAGGACUUCACCCAGGAGGAAAGGACAGGCGUGCCCGGAAGGCGGAAGUGCUGCAGGUGCUGGGCGACCUGCAGCUUGUUCAAGCCGCUCGAUGCCUGCGAGGAAUGCGACCACCCUUUUGGCGGAUGCUCAACAUGCAUGAUCGUCGACUCUUCCGGAUCGCGCGAAAUUGCGACGGUUGAGCGCCGCCCCGUUGGCGAGUUUGACCAGACACCCGAAUUCUGGCGGUGCAACACUUGCGAGCACAUCAAUUCUUUUGACGGCGAGGGGCCGUUCAACGGAUUUCUUGCGCCCAAAGUUUCAGACUACAGGGAAGACAUGCAGUGCCGAAAGUGCGGAGAUCCUUUUGUCGAGGACAGUUGGGUCAUCAGCCCGUCCUGGGUCUACCUUGGGAUAUGGAACGGGAGAGUCGUUGCUGAGGGAGGACCGUGGCACUGGAGCCUGGAGUGGCACCGCGACUGCGCCGACGGGAAUCACACCAAGGACGACUGCUACGCCACCAGGAAGAACGGCAGACGAAGACGCGAGAACCCCUGCAUCGACAAAAACUUCGUCUCGAAAACUGAAAAGAAAGUACUCGUCGUGCCCCUUCUUGUCAUGGACACGCACCAUGACCACUCGCUUCCCCCACCCUCGGCCGGCUUGACGCCCUUUCCGGAGGAGAAUGAUUAUGCCUGCGAUAUAGAGACGGCGCCAGGGUUUCAGCCGGAGCUAUUCCUCCACCCGGAUAACCAGACCCUGGGAACUGGUGCGUUCACCAUCGGUGAUUACGGAGAGGACGACGACGGCCAAGGAUUCGAUGGAACGCAGGUUGUACGCGGCAUGGUGCUUGAUGACGAUCAAGAGCCGGAUUUGGGGUCGUACUACAAUACGCCCGCUUACGAGGAGGAACUGCCCGAGGGAGGGGAGAACUCUGGCCAACUCGAGCCGGCUGCUAGGGGGGACGGACUCGAGCAUGACCAAGCCGCAUAUGACCAGGCCCCUUUUGACGAUAAUUAUGAGGACGGAGACGGCGAAGGCGCUUCCGACGUCUGUCAAGACGAGAACGGCCCACUAAAUGACGACAAGCGAGACCCUGACACCCAAGAUCUGCUCGAUGAAGAAACUUUCGACACCAAUCGCGUUGAGGAGGGCGCCCUGGAAGCUGAUGCCCCAGAACAACAUAACGAUGGUGAACUGGGCCUCGGAGAGGAAUACCCCCAAGAGGAAGCCCCGGACGACGAAGAUGAGGAUGAACUGCCCCCCUUCGUUGACCACACGCAUUUCACCGUCGCCCGCAACACCUUUGCCAUCCUCGAUACCCCUGCCGCCGCAGCGUUCAACCCGCCUGGCAUGAGACACGACACGUCGUGGGAUUCUGAUGAGGAGGAACCCGACGAGGUCAUUGACCAAGACACAGUCCAAGACCUGGACCUGGAUUCGUUUGAAAAGAUGUUUAACGGGGAUGAGGGUGGGUUUGAAGAUCUGGACGGGGAAGAAGAACUUGAAAGGGGCUUUGGCGGAGAGGAUGUGUUGGCUGAAGAGGAGGAGGGUGGAGAAGUGGAGUGUGAGACCCUUGAGGAUGUACCCCUUGAUCCAAAUGAUGAAGUCCCUGACGGCGAAUUUGUUGAGGAGGGUGAUGUUGAAGAGGGUGAGCGAGGUGUCGAUGAGGAUGCGCCCGCCGAGGGGGAGGAAGAAGAGCUACUUGCCAAGGCGGCCCUCGAACAAGGAGAACAGUCGGUAGGGGACGACUUCCUCGACGCUGAAAGCCAAGCUCUCGACGAGGAGUUCCCUGACGGCGAAGAAGGCGAACGUGGCGUUGACGGAGAGGAGGGCGACUUCGUUGAUGAGGGAGCGGUUGGGGAGGGCGAACUUCCAGAGGAAGGGCGUCCUGACGACGGCGAAUUCGCUAGCGAGGAGGCUCCUGAGCCGGGCGAGUUUACCGAGGUUCUCCCCGCGGAGGUCGAUGUUGGCGAAUUUGCUGAGGAAGUUGUCCCUGGGGAAGGGGAGUUCGUCGAUGAGGGUAUCCUGGAGGAAGGUGAGUUCCCCGAGGGGAGAGUAGCCGAGGAAGACGAGGUCGACCCCGAGAUGGUGGAGGAAAUGCCGGCGGAUGGCGAACGCGGCUUCAGUGACGAAUUCGCCCCUGAAGAAGAGGGAGAAGUCCGUGUCGAAGCAGAAGAGUUCUUGCCCGAAGGCGAGGAAGAGUUUCCGGCUCAGGGAGACGGCGAGUUUCUCCCUGAAGACGAUGACUUACCCCCUGAAGAAGGCGAAUCUGUCGAAGGUGAAGCAGGAUUCCCCCCUGAUGAAGGCGAGGAUGAGUUCCUUCCUGAAGGCGAGGACGCCCUUCCCGCCGAAGGAGACGGAUCUGCUGAUGGCGAACGUGAUCUUGACGGAGGUGAGUUCGCCGACGGCGAGCCUAUCGAGGGCGAUGGUGGGUUUGUCGAAGGAGAAGAGCUUGCCGAGGGAGAAGCAUUAGCCGAAGGGCAAGACUUCAUCGAAGAACAACCUCUCGAGGGUGAGCUAGGCGAAGGAGAGCCCAUUGACGGCAUGGGCAAGUUUGCCGACGGGGAGCAGUUCCCUGACAGUGAACCUGAGGCUGUCGACGAAGAAUUUGUUGAUGGUGAGUUCCUCCCCGAAGAAGCUGGCGACGGCGAGUUUGGCGAAGGUGGAUUCCCCGAGGAAGGAUAUGCAGACAAUCAGUUCCCCGGAGAGGGUGAGCGCGGUUUUGGCGAAGAACUUGGCCAACAACCGACAGACGGCGGCUUCGCGGAUGACGGAAGGGGUGGAUAUUGCGACGGCGGAGAGCCCCAAGACACCUACGUUGACUGCUCCUUCCCUGACGGGGUGGAUUCUGGCGGAGACGGGUACGGUGACGGCGUUGAUGAUGCAUAUCCAUCUGGUGGUUACACCGCUGGUGAGACGACAGGGGACGACUUCGGCAACGGGGAAGUUGGCCUUGCUAAUGCCGGUGAACCAUUUCCUGGGGAUGGCUUCCAAUUCCCUGAAGGCGAAGGUGGUCAUGAAGUCGCCAACGGGGAAUCUGCCGACGGUAAACUUGCUGUCGGUGCUGUGCCGGAAGAUCAGUUCGCUGAUGCGGAAACAGGCGAAGGUGUCAACCUCGAGGAGGAGCCCAUCAACGACGGUGAACGUGGCCUCGAGAAAUUACCCCUGGAAGAUCCCCCUUCGAACGAACAAGAGCCACUCGAAGAGGAUCUUCCGCCCUCGGACAAUCCCGAGAUAGACGAACAGCUUCCUGCAGAUGAGGAACCAUUGUUGGAGGAGAGCCCGCCCCUGGACGAAGAGCCCCAACCAGAAGAACCUCCCUUGGGAGAGGAACUACCGCUAGAUGGUGAUCCUCCGCUGGAAGAGGAACCUCCAGUUACUGAAGACCCUCCUCUUGAUGGAGAGCCUCAACCAGAAAAUCCUCUUUUGAGCGAAGAACUACCGCUAGACGGUGAUCCCCCGACGGAAGAGGAACCUUCAGUUACUGACGACCCCCCUUUUGACGGAGAGCCCCCGUUCGAAGAAAACAUGCCUGCAGGAGACGGUGAGCGGUGUCUUGAUGACGAUAUGGCGGUGGAUGAACAGGCCUUUGAGGAGCCGCCACCGGACGACCAGCCAUUUGAGGAACCGCCGCUUGAGGAACCGCCGCCGGACGACCAACAUUUUGACGAGCUGCUUCUAGGCGAACAACCGUUUGAGGAAUUGCCGCCAGGCGGCCAGUCGUUUGAUGAACCACUGCCAAACGGCCAACCGUUUAAGGAGCCGGCUCUGGACCAACAACCGUUCGAAAGCGGUUUCAUUGAAGAAUCACCACCGCCUAAUGAGCCACCGUUUAUGAGCGACCAGCCUCAGUUUGACAGCCAACCUCUUAAUGAACAACAGGGGUUCAGUGAUCAGCCGGGGUUCGAUGAGCAAGAUGGUUCUGACGACCAGCCGGCAUUCGACGACCAACCGGCAUUCGACGACCAACCGGCAUUCGACGGCCAACCAGCGUCAAAUGACCAACCUGGUUAUGAAGCACCCCAGGCUUUUGAUGAUCAGCCGGUACAAGACGCCGGGAGCUUUGACGAGUCUCCUCCUCUUGACCAGCCGGUGCCGGACAGCGAACCUGCUCAGUUCGAUGACCAACGAGGGUUUGAUCAGCAACAAGGGCUCGACGACCAUCCCGGUUAUGAAGAACCCCCGGUUUUGGAUGAUCAGCCGGUACAAGGCUCGGAAGGCUUUGACGAGCCUGCGCGGUUUGGUGGCCCGGUGCAGGACAACGAUCCUUCUCAAUACGAUGACACUACUACCUCUGACGAGCCUUCUCCUAUGAAUGAUGUUGAACCUUUUGAGGAGUCGACAGUCGCCGAGGAACUGCCUAUCAACAGUGAAAGGCGAUUCGAUGAGAAGCAGGAUCAAGAAGCAUCUUUGGAGCCGCCAGUCUCAGAGGAGCCGUUAAAAAAGCUUACGGAGGCUUUCAAUGACCAGCGUGGAACGGAUGUUGAAGGCCAGCAACAAGAUGCUGGACUGUACUCCGGAGAGGGUUAUGGUGACGACUCUUUUGACCACGGUGAGAACGAGCCCGAGUUCGCGCCGGGCUUCAACCCCGAUCCAGAGAUGCAGGCAGACUCCGAAGACCAGGUUGUCGAUGACCAUAACGUGCCCGAAAACCUCGCUGAGAAAUUAGUGCCUCAUGCCUCCGAGCCAGAACAGCUUUUGGAUGAGGGAAUGCCAGAAGAAGUUUUUCCAGACUCCGCUCAGCCAGACGAUCUCCUCCCAAUUGCAGCAGACUCCGAGCUAUCUUUGGAAACUCCUGUUCAAGAUGGUUUUCAGGGUCAGCCAGGGGACGAUUUGCCUGCAGAGGCCGACGAUGCCGGCCAAGAGAACCUAGGCCGAAGUUUGACGACACCCUUCAAUGUGAUCCUGCAGGGGAUGGCUUUCCUAGGCGUGGGAUGGAAGGAGAAGAUGGCUUUCAAGGAUCACGCUGUUCAAGACUCGACCCCUGGCGAAACUCUGAUGUCCCCAGGGCCUCCGCUCACACCGCCGCUGGAUGAUAUGGACAAUCAACCGUUGAGCCCAGCUCCGCAAUACGAUGGCAGCGAGUACAGACCCCUGACACCGCCCCCUGACGAGGAUGAUUCUCCGCUGCCCGCCAUGCAGGAGGACGGAUUCAAUGUUCGCGAAGACGCCCUCGACGCUGAGUACCAGAAGUCGACUCCUGAGCAAAAUUAUAGCGACCAAAAGCUCCCUCAUGAUGGUAACUUGCAAGCUCAGGAAGUGCUGCCAGGCGACAACCCCGGUGAUCGAUUCGAAGAGCCGCCUCAGGUAGACAACUUUUCCGGCCAGGGAAUAGGGUCGUCUCCACCGUUCGACGAGCAAGAGCAGCCGUUUGACGAUCGCUUCGAUUCACACGACGACCAGGCAACGCCACCACCCGAUGGCCGAUUCCAGGAACCUGAGGUCGACGUUGACUUCAACGCACAGCCCGGGGAUGAGCAAGCAAUGCAGAUCCCCACACUAUCUGAUGAAUCACAGGAGGAUUGCGAGAACCAACUUGACCAUGCUGACCAGGGUAUGGUCCCGUCUCAGGACCAGUGCCGAGCCUCUCCGUUCCAGGAGAACUUUGACGUACCCGAUGGCCAAGAAAUGGCGGCACCGGACGAGGGGUACCAAGAGCAGCCAUUUCAGGAGAGCUUCGAUGGUCGGCCAGUGGAUGAUUUCCCGCCUCCAAGUGACCAGUAUCAGGAGCGGCCCUUCGAGAAUGAUCUUGCUGGCGGCGACGCACAGGUCGUGGCAUCUCAACCCGUUGAUGAGGGGGAGUUCACCCCUCCUAAGGAGGACCGUUUUGAAGACGAUAUACUCCCGGAGUUUCCAGCUCCACAUCAUCAGGGCGACUUUGGUACUGUUCGUGGGGCCUCCCAUGAUGUGUUGCAAGAGCCUGAGCCCGAACACAAUGAGUACCGAUAUGCUCAACCAGCACAGGCAAUAUACUACGAUCCGGAUGAAGCCCUGCCGGCCGAGCACAGCUCUCGACAGGAACAUUACCCGGAUGACGGACUACCAUACCAGGCGAAUGAGCCCAUGGAGAUGGUUGGUACGCACGAUGCGGACCAUAACCAGCAUAGCUUCGCAAACACCAGCACUGUUCCUCACAACACGAGUCGGGUACGCAAGAACGAGAAGUACCAAUGGCUGCUGCCGCUUAUGACGACUGCCACCUUGGGCUGGAGAAUGAAAGCGCUGGAGGAGCAGUACCACGCCGCAAACAUCAAGGCUUCAGGCUUCAGCUUCAAAGGCCUCGCUGCUAAUUUGUUUGGGUCGAGGAUGCCAAAGCACGAUUCCAACGGGAACAAUAUUGCUGAUGACGACUCGGCAGCGGGUUCCUUCAGACAUAAGAACCCGACAGAAGCAACCACAGAAGGAAUGUGCAGCGAUGCCGACCCAAGCGGAGAGUUGGAGGACAUUGCCGAUGAUGAAAGACAGUACAGAAAGAAAGGCAAGUGGGGGCUGUUCAGUCUGCUACAUCAUAAGAAGACAAAGCAGGGUUCUGAAGGGUACGAGCAGCAGCAGCCGGACGGACAACGACUUCAGGAGGGUCAGGGCUCCGAAGUUCAAAGCCUCGAAAUGCACCCCGACGUUCCAAUGGGAGACGAUAGCCACCCCAUUGACGGAAACUUGGCGGAUCCAGAUGUUGUUCCAGACGCCGGGCAGCCUAAGAAGGAGGGAUUGCUCGCGAAACUCUUCUGGGGCAAGAAGUCCAAGCUGCACGAUCCCGAAGCUGUUGAUGCCACUACUAUGGGUCAGGACAUGGAUCCUGAAACCGGGCACCGCGAGCGGGACACAGAUGACCAAAUGGGAGAGCGUAGCGACCGUAUGGCUAACUCGCGCCAUUCGCGUCACCACGGCGGCCUUGGCCAUCAAGGUAGUCUCGAUCAACCCAAGAGAAGGCAAGGGCUUCUCGCCAGGCUCUUCGGCAAGUCUAAAAGCCAGGGCCCGGAUAUCAACGGUUCUCAGGAUGGCAACAUCCAGACAACCAAGAAGCCGGGCUUCUUUGCUAGGUUGUUCAGGCACAAGAAACGGAAGCAGAACGUCAUGGGAGGGUCCAACACUCCCGACUCCUUCAACCACGGAUACAACAGGGGCCAGAGCUGGAACGGCGGCUAUGAGUGCCCCAUCCAGACAUCCCCUCGCAUAGGCAACGACCAGAACCAGAACGAUAUGUCUCAGGGCAGGUAUCCAGAUGGCAGUCCAGAAGAUAUUACGCAGAAGUGCAAAAGAAAAUGUUUCCUCGCGGCGCUCUUCAGGUGGAAGCGAAAGCUUAGGCGGUCCCACCCUGUUCUCGAUGAAGAUGACAUAGCCCAGCCGCGCAAGAAACGAGGCCUGUUCGCGCGCGUCAAGACAGCCAACAAACGAAACACAGCCCAGAGCCGGGCCAAAAGACCAGGCUUCUUCGCCCGUCUCUUUGGCCGCAAGAACAUGAAGGCCGAGAACAGCGACGACGUCGAGCUCGGCAACAUCAACCAGUCGGACGAGGUGCGCGUGGGCCGCGUCAACACAAGCAGCCCGCAGCUGGUCCAAGGCGAGUUCGAGACCAGGCAAUCCACCAAGGCCGAUGUCAUGGAUCACGACCACGACGACAACUUUGAAGACGUACUCAGCAAGAAACACAAGAAGAACAAAAAGAGCCGCGAUCGCGGCAUGGGCCUCCUGCAGCUUGACAAGGUCAAGCAGAGGAAGAAGGGCAACGGGCAGAGCGCGCUGUACGACGAGAUUGGGAGAAAUGUCGUGAUAGCGGAGCCACAUAAGGUGAAGAAGGCACCAGCGAAAGUGCGGUACGCGCCAAUUGCGCCGAGCGACGGGCUGCAUCACCAUGUGAACCCGCCGAGGCAGCGGCAGAGGGGUGUGAGGAGGACUGCGGCAGGAGCGGUGAAUCCGGGGAAUUGGUUCUGGAUGGAUGUGUACUGGAAGUGA